CCUCACAGACCGGCACAUUCCCCUACAAUCAGGAGCACUUCAGGCAUCAUGAUACAGGAACAGAGCUGCUGCUCAAUUCGGGCCCACCAGCAUAUGAUGGCCUGCAGAGAGUCAAAGACCAGCACAAAACCAGCAUGAAGAACAAGUAUGAGAGCUUAUUUGAGGGAAUUGAACUACAAGAGAAUCAAACUCUCCUGAACAGGAUUUACACACAACUGUACAUCAUAGAGGGAGAGAGCGAAGGAGUGAAUGAAGAACAUGAGGUGCUUCAGAUGGAGAAAAGUUACAGAACACUCCAAGACACGCCAAUCAACUGCAAUGACAUCUUUAAUCUUUUACCUGAACCAGGAGAUGAGGAGAAGAAAGACAAAAUAAAGACUGUUCUUACUAAAGGCAUCGCUGGAAUUGGAAAAACUGUCUCUGUGCAGAAGUUCAUUCUGGACUGGGCCGAGGGAAAAGCCAAUCAGGAUGUAGAUUUCAUGUUUGUUCUUACAUUUCGAGAACUGAACUUGAUUAAAGAUCAUCAGUACAGUCUUCACAGACUUCUGCUAGACUUUCAUCCUGAACUUCAAGAUCUGGACCCAAAGAUUUACGAUGAAUGUAAAAUUGUGUUCAUCUUUGAUGGUCUGGAUGAAAGCAGAAUCUCACCAAUGUUUUCAGACAGUCAGAAAGUUUCUGAUGUGACUGAGAUUUCAUCAGUGGGUCUGUUGAUGUCAAGCCUCAUGAGAGGAGAUCUGCUUCCCUCUGCUCUCAUCUGGAUCACCACCAGACCAACAGCCGCCAAUCAGAUCCCCUCCAACUACGUCAACCGCGUGACAGAAAUUCAGGGAUUCAGUGAGCCUCAGAAGGAGGAAUAUUUCAGGAAGAGAAUCAGUGACGAGCAUCAAGCCAGCAGAAUCAUCUCAAACAUCAGAAGAGCAAGAAGCCUCCACAUCAUGUGUCACAUCCCCGUCUUCUGCUGGAUUUCAGCCACUGUGCUUCAAAACAUCCUGAAACAAGAUCUCAGUGCAGAAAUCCCUCAAACUCUGACUGAAAUGUACAUCUACUUCCUUCUCCUUCAAACAAACAUGAGGAACCAGAAGUAUGAAGAGAGACAUCCAGAGAAACCCCUGUCCAACAGAGAAGUGAUUGUGAAACUUGCUGAACUGGCUUUCAGUCAGAUGAUGAAGGGCAAUGUGAUGUUUUAUGAGGAGGACCUGAGAGAGAGCGGCAUAGACGUCACUGAUGCCUCAGUGUAUUCUGGGAUCUGCACUGAGAUCUUUAAAGAGGAAUCUGUGAUUCAUCACAGGAAGGUUUACAGCUUUGUACAUCUGAGCUUUCAGGAGUUUUUUGCAGCACUGUAUGUGUUUUACUGCUAUUUACACAAAAACAGUGAGGUUCUGAAAAUGUUCCUGACAGAGAAGUCUAGAACUCUAUGUGACAAAAUUACACUGGAUGUGUUUCUUAAGGGAGCAACGAAUAAAGCCUUAAGCAGUAAAAAUGGACACCUAGAUCUUUUUCUCCGAUUUCUUCAUGGCAUCUCACUGAAGUCCAAUCAGAGACUCUUACAGGAUGUACUGAUACACACAGAGAACAACCCAGAGAGCAUCCAGAAAAUAAUCCACAACCUCAAACGAAGACAAAAAGCUAAUGUCAGUCCUGAAAGAUGGAUAAAUCUGUCACAUUGCUUGACUGAGAUGAAGGAUAAUUCUGUUGUUAAAAAAAUGCAGGCAUUUUUAAAUUCUGACAGAAAAAGAAAACAAAUAUCUCUUGCACAAUGCUCAACUUUGGCAAACAUGAUCUUGAUGUCAGAGGAGGUGCUGGAUGAGCUAGACUUCAAUAAGUACAACGUCAAAUCAAAAGAGGGCAGAAGGAGACUGGUACCUGCUGUAAGGAACUGCAGAAAAGUUGUAUUAACUGCCUGUAAUCUCUCUGAUCAACAUUGUGAAAUUGUGGCUUCUGCUGUACAAUCAUCAAACUCUCCACUAAGAGAGCUGGACCUGAGUAAAAAUCACCUGCAGGAUUCAGCAGUGAAGCUGCUCUCAGCUGGAUUGAAGAGUCCAAACUGUCAACUCAACGUACUGAGGUUAUCUGGCUGUAUGGUGACAGCAGAAGGUUGUGCUGCUCUGUCUUCAGCUCUGAGCUCAAACCCCUCACACCUGAGAGAGCUGGACCUGAGCUACAAUCAUCCAGGAGAUUCAGGAGUGAAGCUGCUCUCUCAAAUGCUCACACAUCUGGACAGACUCAAUGUGGAUCAUGGAGGAGAGUUUAGGAUCACAGCAGGACCUCACAAAUAUGCCUGUGAUCUCACACUGGACCCAAACACAGCAAACACUCGACUCGUUUUGUCUGAAGACAACAGGAAGGUGAUGAGAGUAAAAGGGAGUCAGCCGUAUCCUGAUCAUCCAGACAGAUUUGAACACGUGUCUCAGGUUCUGUGUUCAGAGACUCUGACUGGACGCUGUUUCUGGGAGACCGAGUGGAGCGGAUCUGGAGAUGUUCAGAUAUCAGUGUGUUAUAAAGACAUCAAGAGGAAGGGAUUGAGAACUGACAGUGUGUUUGGACUGAAUGAGAACUCCUGGAGUCUGAUCUGCUCUGGUCACAAAUUCACUGUCUGUCACAAUAAUAACUCCACUGAGGUAUCAUCUGAAGGCUCCUGUAAGAGAGCAGCAGUGUUUCUGGACGAGUCGAGCAGCGCUCUGUCCUUCUACAGCGUCUCUGACACACACACACUCACACACUUACACACAUUCACACACACAUUCACUAAACCAUUACACGCUGGGUUUUGCUUAUAUAAUACAAACUCUACAGUGUCUCUGUGUCACAGUAAACAUUACAAACAUUAUUAAACACACUUAUUUUAUUCACAAGAAAUCGAAAUCCAAAUACCUUGGGAAGUCACUUCACAGUGGUAACUGGCGCUCCUUUUGAAAACAGGUGAUGGAGAUUUGCUUUGAUCAUAAAAAAUGGAGCAUCCUCUGAGAACAAAGAGGGAUACUGAAUGGUCAGCUGAUUGGAGAAGUGCUAGUUUUCCCUGCUGGUUCAAGCUGAACCAGUGCUGGGCAGUUUGGGUUUUCUGAGAUGAAGUGAGACACUUACAUUGUUGAUCGAUAGUCGUUGAUGUGUGCUUUCGCUGUUAAGAACCGCUAAAGCAGAGGUGUGUGGGUCUGUUAUUAUGCUCUGUUUAUUUUAGCAUGUUGAGAUGACCUAUUCUGAAGGCAGUGUAAAUCCAUUGAGUGUUCAUCAGACACCUUCAUCUUGGCCUUCAGAUCUUCAACUGCGUCAUUAAAUAACAGGAAGGUUGCCAGUGAUGUACUGUUAAUUUACAGCUCUCUUCUGUUAAUUUAUAGCUCCUUAUUUUUACAGCAUAUUACUGUUACUCUACUGUUACUGUUACUCUCAUUACUUACUGAUAAGUAAUGUAGCAAUUAUUUUAAACGACUAAACACAACUUUUAAUUCAAAUCGUUAAAGUUCAUCAGCUAUAACACACAAAUACUGAAACACUGUAAAAGAUUGAUGCAUCAACUGCACUGUAUUUAAAUAAAGCAGCAGAACAUCA